GGCUAGAAUCACUCGAAAUGGCGGGCACGCGAUAACCCACGUCUCGGAAAAUCGAAAUUGUACACGUGUAAACCUUAAGUGACUCAGCAAAUGAAUACCAUGAGAACCGAUUGAAAAUGUCACGUUACCAAUUUCAAUAUUCAAAUCAAAUAUGGACGAGUGGUCAGACGUUGAUUUGUACAGAGUCACAGAAUUAUUCGGGGAUCAUGCGAAUUUAUGGGACCGAUACCACGAGGAUUACUACAAUCGACAGAAAAAAUAUCGCAGCUACUGUCAAAUCCUUGAGGGUUUGUGCCUGCCAAGUGCAUCUGUCAGCGAUGUAGUAUCGAUACUCCGUGAACUCCGACGUAAUUAUGUAUCGACACUGCAAAAAAUGCGGAUAAACAUUUAUGGGCAGAAUGAGAGACUCGGUGGUGGGAAUGGUGGGAGAAUGGAUCGACCAGUGCCCAAGUGGUUUUGGGUCAUGCACGGAUUUCUGUACGAUCAUUUGAACGCCAAUGAGAGCCUCCUGGAUCCAAAUAUAAAUCCAUCAACUCGCACCAGUCCUCUCUCUCCCUGCGCCUGCAAACUCGUUGAUAUUGGACCAAAAAAAGGUGGUACAUCGGGUAAAGAUGACCCGGGGCUAGUGCACCAAGAACGAGUGACAUUGGAUGAGAAAAAGUGGGAUAAAGUGGACGAGGAAAAUGAAGUUGCCCGGGGCAAUGGAGAAUUUUCAGUCACCUCAGCUUCCCACAAGGGUGAAAUACUCUUCAUUCGUGCCCCCCGGGUGCUCAACACCAUCAGGAUGAAUACAGUCUAUGAGUUUCCAGAUAGGCGAAUGAAUGUACCAUCGAAAAUGUUAUCCAAAGUCGAGAGCCAAUACAAUCCACCCAGUGAAAAUAACGGAGAACUUGACAAUUCCCGCACAAGAAGCUGCUGCUCCAAGAGCAAAGGACCUUGUCAGACCAAUUACCAGGAUGUCGAUUAAAAAAAAUCAUAAUCUCCCAAU